AUGGGAAAGCUCAUUCGUCUUGAGCUGUUUAACUUCAAGUCUUACAAGGGCCACCACGUCCUACUUUUCGGCGACUCUUACUUCACUUCCAUCAUCGGUCCCAAUGGAUCCGGCAAGUCAAACUCCAUGGAUGCCAUAUCCUUCGUCCUGGGUAUUAAGUCAUCACACCUUCGAUCAGCCCACUUGAAGGAUCUGGUUUACCGCGGUCGCGUUCUGAAAACUUCCAAGAUCAACGAUGACGGUUCUGCCGAGGCCAACGGCCAAACAAAUGGCUACGCCAACGGUGACGGAGACGACUUGUCGCAGAAGGCUUCCCGGACGGACCCCAAGACCGCGUGGGUUAUGGCCGUGUACGAGGACGAUGCUGGUGACGAGCAAAAAUGGAAGCGUUCCAUUACGAAUCAGGGAUCCAGCGAAUACCGCAUCAACGAUCGCGUCGUCACCGCCCAGCAGUACAACGAGGCCCUCGAGGCCGAGAACAUUCUCAUCAAGGCCAGGAAUUUUCUGGUUUUCCAGGGAGACGUCGAAGCCAUCGCUGCCCAGUCACCGCAAGACCUGACGAGGCUGAUUGAACAAAUUUCCGGGAGCUUGGAGUACAAGGCCGAGUAUGAGAAACUACAGACGGAGGCUGAGCAGGCCGCCGAGAACCAAAGUUUCCAGCUCCACAGGAGACGCGGCAUCAACUCUGAGAUCAAGCAAUAUCAGGAGCAGAAGAAGGAAGCCGAUAAUUUCCAGAAGAAGACGGAGGAGAGAGAUGAGGCCAUCGUCAAACAUGCGCUCUGGAAGCUCUACCACUUCCAACGCGGCAUGGAUGAUUCUACCGAGAAGAUUCACGAACACCAGGAAAACCUUCAAGAGUUCCAGCGCAAUGUCGAGUCCUUCAGGCGAAAGCUUGAGGCUGCUCAGAAAGAACAGUCUGCCGCCGCAAAGGAGGUCCACGGGGUUGAGAAGGCCAUCAACGCGAAGAAGCGCGAGUUCGACGAGUUGGAGCACAAGCUCAUCCCGAUUGAUGCGAAGAUCGAGGAUCGUACCCGUGGCCUUGAGUCGACUCGCUUACGUGUAGACCCGAUCCGCAAGGACCGCGAUAAGCAGGCUGAGUUGAUCAAGGAAGACGAAGCCCGACUCAAGAAACUCGAAAAAGCCCAGCAGCACUUCGAACAGCAGCAUAAGGAGCGCAUGAAGAAGACGGGCAAAGAGCUCAGCGACGCGGACCGCAAAGAGUACAACAAUCUCCGUACCCAGGUCAUCACGCGAACCGCUGCCAACCAGUCGAAGCUCGAUAACCUUGUCCGCCAGCAGAAGACGGACGAGGUCACGGUCAACACCCUCAAGGGCAAGGUCGACACCAUCUCGGCCACUCUGGAAAAGUAUGAGGGAGAGCUGGAGACCAUUGGCGAACGCAAAUCUGCUACGGAGAGCAAUAUAAAGUCGCUGUCCCAGGAGAUCGACACCAAGAAGAAGCAAUUCAAUCAGAUGCAGUCCGAACGCAUAAGAACCAGUCAGAGACGAACCGAAUUGGAAGAGAAGCUCGAACAAGUCGCCAAGCAACUCCGCGAAGCCGAUGACGGCCGGCGCCAGAACGACCGCGAAACCAGAAUGAGGGAGAUGGUGAACAACCUGAAGCGGCUGUAUCCCGGCGUCAAGGGCCGAGUCGGCGAUCUCUGCAAACCCAAACAGAAGAAGUACGACGAGGCAGUCAGCACCGCGCUGGGUCGGGACUACGAAUCGGUCAUUGUCGACACCGAGAAGACUGGUCAUGAAUGUGUUCAAUACCUCAAGGAUCAGCGCUUCCCGCCGAUGACUUUUAUCCCGCUCGACAACAUCAAGGUCAACGCUGUGAACUCGGCUAUCAAGGGUAUUUCGGGAGCCCGUUUGACCAUCGACACCAUCGACUUCGACCCCGCCUACGAACGCGCUAUGGCGUAUGCCUGCGGGAGCUCAGUGGUAUGUGACAGCGAAAAGAUUGCCAAGCUCAUCUCAUAUGAGAAGCGCAUCCCUGUCAAGACCGUCACUCUGGAUGGUUUAGUCAUUCACAAGACUGGUAUGAUGACUGGUGGCCGCGGCCCCGAGCAGAAGGGUGGAAAGCGGCGCUUCGAUAGUGCCGAUCUUGAGGGGCUUAAGAAGAUGGCAGCCAAGUACAAGGAGGAAAUUGAGAAGCUCCCAAAGUCUGGCCGCCGUGGCCCUGCUGAGGAGUCUCUCCAGAUCGAGAUUCACGGCCUUGAGCCCCGCCUAAACGCCGCCAAAAACGAGCUGGCGCAUUUGGUAAAGAACUACGAGAGUAAGAAGAGAGAGGCGGACCACGAGAGUAGGCAGCUGGAUGAGCUCGAGCCCAAAUACGAGGAGAAGACUGCAGAGCUUGACGCGACGAAGCGUACUGUCAAGGAGUUCUCCGAUGCGAUUGCUCGCGUGGAAGACGAAGUGUUCUCCGACUUUUGCAGGAGGCUGGGAUUCAGCGACAUUCGUGCCUAUGAAUCGGAGCACAGAGACCUGCAACGAGAGGCUGAUGAGGAGCGUGCCAAGUUUGAAGUGCAAAAGUCCAAGUACCAGAGUCAACUGCACUGGGCGCGCGACGUUUACAACACCCUGGACCAGCGGCUGAAGAAACUGCAGGAAACCUUGAAGGCGUCGGAGCGCGAUCUCCAGACUUAUCAGCGAGAAAAGUCCGACAUUGAAGAUGCCAGCCACGAGGUGUCGGAUGAGCUUGAUGCGCUCCGCGAGACAUUAGAAGAGAAGCAAGCCAUACUGGAAGAGAAGAGCCAGAAGGUGGCACAUGCCAAGGCCGAGGUCCAAAAGCGAAGUAAAGAGAUCGACGCCAGGCAGAAGGAGAUCAACGCGUUGGAAACGGUGGUACAGAAGAAUAGUGCCGGCAAGUUUGCGUUGCUGAGGCGGUGCAAAUUGGAGCAAAUCCAAGUUCCUCUACAGGAAGGAUCGCUCGAUAACUUGCCAAACGAGGACAAUUUGUUGCGUCAAGACGCUGAUGCCAUGGACGUCGACGACGAGGACGACGAAGAGAUGAUGAAUGCCGCCCUCGAAAACCACGGCAUCGAGGUUGACUACGAUGGCCUAGAUGAAGAGUUGAAAAACUCGGAUGAUCCUGGUGUCGAGGAGAGAUUACAAGACAAAAUUGCGUCAAUCACCUCGGAACUGGAGAAGCUCAACCCCAAUAUGAGGGCCAUUGAGAGGCUAGAGAGCGUCGAAACGAGGUUGAAGAACACGGAGAAAGAGUUCGAAGAUUCCAGAGCGGCCCUUAAGGCGGCCCGCGAUGCGUUUAAUCAUGUCAAGGCUCAGCGGUACGAACUCUUCAACAAGGCGUUCACGCAUAUCGCGGAGCAAAUCUCCCACGUCUACAAGGACCUCACCCGCUCAGAAGCGUACCCGCUCGGAGGUCAGGCAUACCUCGAUAUUGAGGAGGACACAGAUACGCCCUACCUAUCCGGAAUCAAGUAUCACGCCAUGCCGCCUCUCAAGCGUUUCCGAGACAUGGAGCAUCUCUCCGGAGGCGAGAAGACCAUGGCGGCUCUGGCUCUUCUGUUCGCCAUCCACAGCUAUCAACCCAGUCCCUUCUUCGUUCUCGACGAGGUUGACGCUGCGCUGGAUAACGCCAAUGUCGACAAGAUCAAGAAGUACAUCCGGGAACACGCGGGGCCAGGCAUGCAAUUCAUUGUCAUCAGUCUCAAGACUGGCUUGUUCCAAGACAGUGAGAGUUUGGUUGGUGUUUACCGGGACCAGGAAGUAAACAGCUCGAGAGCACUCACUCUGGAUGUAAGUCUCAAGCACCGACCUCCGCCUUAG